CUUCAUAUUCGUAGUUGAUAGUAUCUCCAUCCAACAGAAAUCAAGUGAUGAAGUCCCAAGACUUGCCGGAAGGAUGCGUCGCACACAUAUUGUCGUACAUUUGUACUCCUGAAGACAUAGUCAGGCUCUCCCUCGUUUCCAAGGCCUUUUAUUCUGCAGCUGAUUACGACACUGUGUGGGAUCGUUUUAUACCCUCUGAUUUCUCCUCUACCAUUUCUCCACUUUCUUCCUCUAACUCUAAGAAGGAUCUCUAUUUCACUCUCUCCGACCGUCCCACCAUCAUCGACCAGGGUAGAAAGAGCUUUCAAUUGGAAAAGCGAACUGCGAAGAAGUGCUACAUGCUUUCCGCUAGGGAUAUUUCUAUUACAUGGGCUCCAACGCAGGGAGAGGCUUCUCAAUAUUGGGAGUGGAAAAGCCUACCAGAGUCAAGGUUCCAAGAAGUUGCGAGGCUUUACGCUGUGUGCUGGUUUAACAUCACUGGGCAGAUAAAGACCCGCGUCUUGUCCCCAAAUACUCAGUACGCAGCUUUUCUUGUGUUCCAGAUGAUCGAUGCCAGUGGAUUUCACCACCAUCCUGCGAUGUUAUCAGUAAGUAAUGUUGGAGGCAGUAGAACUUCCAAAUAUGUUUGUUUGGAUCCCAACUUAGAAGAUAAUGAUCUUGAUGACAGAUUUCGGGGUCUGCAACGUCCUAAUGUGAGAAAAGAUAAGUGGUUAGAGAUUGAGAUGGGAGAGUUCUUCAACUCAGGCUUGGAAGAAGAUGAAAUCUAUAUGAAUGUCAGGGAAACUAGUGAUAUGUGGAAGCACGGUUUCAUUCUUGAAGGAAUAGAAGUUAGGCCUAAACAUGUUUGAUCCGUCAAAUGAUUGUACUUAGGCCUAACCUGAAUGGAUGGUGGUGUUUGCUACAGUGGAGGGAGACCCGGAAUAAUACAGACUUGUUAUCUGUAUAAAUUGUUUUUCUGAUUUGGCUUUUUUGAGAUAAAAAAUCAACUUAUUGUUUAUUAUUUCCUUAUUGAAUGUGUGUUUUGAUUA